AUGAGCGACAUUGGAAUCAUCAAGCUAGCUACUCCUAUUGAGAAGAGCGAUAACAUUGAGUAUGCGUCACUGCCAACAUCCGACGCAGUCCCUGACGGGAGCGCGGAACUCACUGCUGUUGGCUGGGGACGCAAUAUUUCUUGGACAGGGACAAAAGGCGACGCUGUGUUUACAGUUGCGAAUCGAGCAGAAGUCCUACUCGAGCAGCAGCCAAUCAGUACAUGUGAAAGCUCGCCUCUCGGCGAUACAAGCACAUUGAUCUGUGCUGGCAAACCCGGAAAGACUGUUUGCUCGGGUGACAGCGGUGGUCCGCUGAUUGACUCCAAGACUGGGGCAGUGGUUGGCCUCACGUCGAUUUCUGAGCGCAACGACGAUGGCAGCGCCUGCACAGGUGCUGGAAUCUUUACAAGGGUCGGCAGCUAUCUCGACUUCAUCAACGAAAAUCUCGGGGAGCGAGGCUUCACCGAUGGCGACAACCAGAGAGUCAAAGACGAGGCAAAGCUGGCGGUGCUCAGGCCGGGUCUCCUCGCGUCUUGCAAGAAGCACUUUCAAGUCAAAUACAGUGCGUGCAUGAAUGAGGCCACAAGAGCCUUUUUUGCAGGUAAAGAUACGGAUAAAUCGAAGGUCUAUGAUCAGGAGGAAGCCAAGUGCAAAGCCAUCCACGCCAUGGGGUCUGCUUGCGAUGGAUGCGUGCGUGAAGCAAAGCUUGACUCGACGGCUGAGACAAUCAUCCAGUGUUCUGAAGCAGGGAAGAACUGA